GCUAUAUGAUUUUGUUCAAUUAAAUUAAUUAAAUUAUUUAUUAAUUUACAAAACCCAUUGAGACAGAAAAAAAAACUUCAAAGUACAACAAGAUCUUUAUAGAUAUUCUGUUUUUUCCAUUCAAUAUAUUCUUCCCGGACAAACAUUACGAGGAGGCCUAAAGAACACCAAUUUGUACCGCAAAAGGUGUCCAAAUGAGCCAUAAGUGGUAGAACUACUAAAUUUAUCGACCUGGAAAAUUUUUAGACGCAAUUCACAUCAAAAUCUAAACAACGCGGAAAACGCCGGAUACGAACUUCUUUGUUACCCAGACAAUCUUGACAAGGAAGGUAAUCAUAACUUUGCCGUUUUGCUUCAAAAAUGCUUCAUACAUUGGGGAUUCAUCCAGCUCUCCGAGGGACACAAAUCAAAUCACGAAGUCUCUGGCAGUGGAUAAAUAUAAUUUUUAAUACUGUGGACAAAACACGCUUACGAAAGGUUGGACCUGAUCGCUUGUGUGCCGAAUGGGUGCUAAAGAAUGGCGGUGCCGUAAGAUUCUUGGAACAUCCUAAAAAUCUCUUUCGUGACUACAAUAUGCUACCACCGGAUUUUAGGACAAAGCUCACACUGAAAGAAAUUGAUGCUACCAACAGUGCCAUCAUGACGGUUGGAUUUGCUCACGUUGUGGGAUGCGAGAAAAUUGAUAAGAUCAUCAUUACAAAUUGCAAAUACAUCGAUAAUCGGGGAUUCCAUCACUUGACCUCCAUCAAUGAUUCCCUGCGUUCCCUGGAUAUUACACAAUGCACCAAUAUCUCAGAUUCAGGACUCUUGCAGCUAAAGGGUUUGACGAAAUUGCAAAAAUUGGUCAUGAAAGAUCUUCCAGGUGUAAAGGAUCUUCCUGCUGUUGAAAAGGAACUGAGGCAGCACCUUAAAGACUGCCAAUUUCAAACAUCUCACACUUGACAGAAAAUCAUUUUAUAUUUACAAUUAUAAGAAAUUUUGAAACUAGUCCUUAUUUUUGUAGAGAACUCUUAAGGAUAUUAAAAAGAAAACUCUCUUACUAUCUAAAAUCUAAAACACA